AACAAAACGGGUCACAACCAUUUCUUGAUACGCUAGUCGGUAACCCGUCCUUUUAACGACUGAAGAAUAUCUCUCCCGUUUCAGUCUCUGCCGUUAGCGCCGAAGGGCGAGAGAUCCAAUCAAGGAAAUACCCUACAAGACGAGUUGACGCAGUGAGUGCGUCGAGUGACUCGGUACCUGUAGAGGAUGGAUCCAGCUACAACGCCGCUAGGCAAAAUGUUGCUGGAGGAAAUCACUCCGGUGGUCAUGGUUCUCCGUACGCCUCUUGUAGAAGAGGCCUGCCUCAAAAACGGUCUCUCCUUUAUAGAUAUGCUCAGUCCUUUCUGCAACUUCAGUAACAUCGACGUGCCUGUACGGACGUCGAGUGAUCAACCCUACAGACUACAGAAGUUCAAGCUGAGGUUGUUUUACGAGGCAGAUAUUCGGCAGCCAAAUCUGGAGGUAGCAAAGGAGAGACUAAAGCAGGUUAUAACCCAAGCUGGGGAGAUAGACAAUUCUGAAUUGUGCUCGGACCCACCUCCUAUUGGCACUGGAUCUGAAGUUCUACCAUCAUGGUUUGAAUUUUUUAAUAAAGAGCUUGUGCGCACUGUGUCUUUUUCAGAUCAUGAAGCUUUUGAUCACCCUGUGUCAUGUCUUUUGGUUGUUUCUUCAAAGGAUGAACAACCUAUCAAUAGAUUUGUUGACCUUUUCAAUACUAACAAGUUGCCGUCUCUUCUUAAUGAUGGCGCCAUGGACCCGAAGAUUUUAAAACAUUAUCUAUUGGUGCAUGAUAAUCAAGAUGGCUCCUCAGAGAAGGCAGCAAAACUUUUAACAGAGAUGAAAAAUACAUUUGGUUCAAAUGACUGCCAUGUGCUUUGCAUUAAUUCUUCUCAAGAUGGGCCAAUAGAGCAUCAAGAAAACUUGUGGGCUUCUUGUAAAUCUGUUGCUUCUCCAAAUCAGCAUCUUGGUUGUUUCCUUAAUAUUGAUGAUGUUAAUGAGAUAAAGGAUUUGAUGCAAGAAUUAUCAUCUAAACAUGUCAUCCCUUACAUGGAGCAGAAAGUCCGUGUGCUCAAUCAACAGGUAUCUGCUACAAGGAAAGGUUUUAGAAACCAAAUUAAAAACUUAUGGUGGAGAAAAGGGAAAGAAGACACACCAGAGUCGGCCAAUGGCCCCAUGUAUACCUUCAGUUCUAUUGAGUCUCAGAUUAGAGUUCUGGGUGACUUUGCUUUCAUGUUACGAGAUUAUGAACUUGCAUUGUCAAACUAUAGGCUUAUUUCCACAGAUUAUAAGCUUGAUAAGGCUUGGAAGCGAUAUGCUGGUGUACAGGAAAUGAUGGGCCUUGCGUACUUUAUGUCGGAUCAGUCCAGAAAGGAAGCUGAAUAUUGCAUGGAGAAUGCAUUUACUACUUAUUUAAAAAUUGGGCCAUCUGCUCAGCAAAAUGCUACACGCUGUGGUCUUUGGUGGGUGGAAAUGUUAAAGACAAGAGAUCAAUACAAAGAGGCUGCCACAGUUUACUUCCGCAUCAGCAGUGAGGAGAUGCUACAUUCGGCUGUUAUGCUUGAGCAAGCAUCUUAUUGCUACUUGUUGUCUCAACCCCCCAUGUUACACAAGUAUGGAUUUCAUCUUGUUCUUUCUGGUGAUCGUUAUAAAAAAUGUGACCAGGUUAAACAUGCAAUUCGUACAUAUAGAAGUGCUAUCUCUGUUUACAAAGGAACUACUUGGAGCUACAUCAAAGAUCAUGUUUAUUUCCAUAUCGGACAAUGGUAUGCUUUUCUUAGACUGUAUGAUGUGGCUGCCAGUCAUAUGUUGGAAGUCCUGACCUGUAGUCAUCAGUCCAAGACAACACAGGAGCUAUUCCUCAGAGAGUUUCUUCAAAUUGUUCAGAAAACGGGGAAAACAUUUGAGGUAUUAAGACUUCAGUUGCCUGUUAUAAAUAUCUCAUCACUCAAGGUUGUUUUUGAAGAUCAUCGAACCUAUGCAUCACCUGCAGUAGUUACUGUUAGAGAAAGUUUGUGGCGUUCAUUAGAGGAGGACAUGAUUCCUUCAUUGUCCACUGCCAGGACUAACUGGUUGGACUUACAAUCAAAGCUUCUGCCAAAAAAAUAUAAGGAAUCUAACAUUUGUGUGGCUGGAGAAGCAAUAAAGGUGGAUAUUGAGUUUGAGAAUCCCUUGAAAAUACCUAUUUCCUUAUCUGGUGUUUCCUUGAUAUGUGAGCUUUCAGGGUCAGAUGAGUUGAAAUCUGAUGUAAGUAGCUCAGCCACUGACCUCUGGAAUGACGAAGACUAUAAAAGGUUGGGGGAUAUGAAACCAGACACUUCUUUUUUUACUCUGUCAGAGGUUGACUUCACAUUGGGAGGGAAUGAAACCAAUUCAGUGCAACUAACGGUUACUCCCAGAGUGGAAGGCAAUCUAAACAUUGUAGGAAUUAGAUGGAAAUUAUCAGGUUCAGUGGUUGGUUAUUACAACUUAGAGGCCAAUCUUGUGAAGAGGAAAAAUAAUGCAAAAGGAAGGAGGAAGGCUAAGCAUUCCCUUAGUCAUGACCUUAAAUUUAUAGUGAUCAAGAAUCUACCCAAGUUGGAGGGCUUCAUACGCUCUCUGCCUGAGAAAGCAUAUGCAGGAGAUUUGCGACAUGUUGUCUUAGAGUUAAGGAACCGGUCAGAGUUUUCUGUAAAGAAUCUGAAAAUGAAGAUCAGUCAUCCUAGAUUCCUUAAUAUUGGGAAUCAUGAGGAUUUAAACCUAGAACUUCCUGAUUGCUUGGAAAAGAAGACAAGUAUUGAACAAAAUGGAGUACCAGCCGAUUCCAAGAAAGUGUCUCAUGGUGUUUUUCUAUUUCCAGAGGAUAUCUCAAUAGAAAGGGAAAGACCUUUAUUGUGGCCUCUUUGGCUUCGAGCUGCUGAUCCUGGAAAUAUUUCCUUGCAUAUAGUUAUAUACUAUGAGAUGGGGGAUGCAUCGAGCGUCAUGAGAUACCGCACUCUACGAAUGCAGUAUAAUUUGCAGGUAUUACCGUCAUUAGAUGUGUCCUUUACAGUAAGUCCUUGUCCAGCAAGAUUGCAAGAGUUUCUUGUGCGUAUGGAUGUCGUCAACAAAACUAGUUCGGAAAGUUUCCAGGUUAAUCAGUUAACAUCUGUUGGAUGCCAGUGGGAAAUUUCACUGCUUCAACCUGUUGAAUCCAUUUUUCCUUCAGAAUCUUUAAUUGCUGGUCAAGCAUUAUCUUGCUUCUUCAUGAUCAAGAGCCGUAGGAAAUCAUUAACUGCUGAAGAAAGACUCUUGCUUCUUUCCUCUUUCCCUGGAAGUGAUGUAAAGUUGACUCCUGAGGGUUGCAAAGAUACACUUUUUGACAUAUCAAGGUCACCUUUGGCUAAUUUUCAUUAUUGUGAAAGACUGCAACAUGAAACUUCUAAUCAGGACGAAGCAAAUACAGUGGACUUCAUUUUGAUCUCUAGGCUACUGAAAAGUGAUAUCAAACCUGGGACUUCUGAUCCAACUCAUCUAUUCUCUCAUCAUGCGUGUCACUGCAGUACUGCUAGCGCAAGCGCAAUAUCAUGGGUGUUGGAUGGGCCUCGGACCAGACAUCAUAACUUUUCUGCUUCAUUUUGUGAAAUAAACUUGAAAAUGACUAUUUACAACUCAUCAGAUUCUGUUGUAUCUGUAAGCAUUAUUACCCUUGAUUCCUCGAGUGGCAAUGGUCAAUUAAGCGAUGACGACACAAGUACUUCUGGAAAUCAAGUAGGGUGGCACAACCUAUCUCUAUCGGAUGACAUCAAAGUGACUUCUGAUGUUCCUGGAACCAAUAUUGCAAAAUCGGCAUCACAAGAAAGUGUCUCGCCAUUCAUUUGGUCUGGCACGCGUUCUACCAGAGUUCAACUUGAGCCAAUGUCAUCAUCAGAAAUUCCUCUUCAGAUUUGUGUAUUCUCGCCUGGUACAUAUGAUUUGUCAAACUAUGUUUUGAAUUGGAAACUUCUACCUGUUAAUGAUCAAGGAAAUGUAAAAGAGACAAAACAGACAAUGGGAACAAGCCCUGGAUAUCCAUACUACCUUACUGUUCUCCAAUCUGAUUGAGAUUUGGCCGCGUUUCUCCAUCGACAGUUUCAGGUACUACCGUUGUAUGACUAAUUUUUGUAACCUUUGCCUUGUAAAUUAUUAUUUCAAUGUACUGGUUUCAUUUUUUUAUUUUUUCACAAAAAUACGAAUUGGGAAAAAAGCCACAGGUAAGCAGGAAACAGAACAUUCUUUUUUGCCCCGUAGAAAUAAUAGUGGGAAUGAAUGAAUGAAACGUUUAAAACAAUUGUUCUCUUGGGACGUUCUUUUUGGAUUUGCUUUUUGAGAUUCAAGUUAUUGUUUCA